AUCUUCGAUAAAACUACUUUUUAAAAAUUGAAGUGUGAAGAAGCGGAAAAGAUUCAUUCUUUCUUUUCUUGCAGAAGAAAAAGGAAGAGAAGAGAAGAGAGGCAGGCUCUGUUUUGGGGUUUUCUCCUCUUCGUUUAGCUCGUAGACCCAUUUAUUGAAUCUUCGUAAUUGAGGGUUUUUGAUUGGUUUAGAAGGAUGAUGGUAGCUAAAAGCUUCGACCUUUGGCAAAAAGAUGCCUUUUUCUCCGCCGCCGAGGAGGUUCAACAAUCUGCCGAUACGAUGGAAUCUGCAUAUAGGAUGUGGGUUAACGACAAGAGAGAAAGUGGUCGAGUCUCUGUAGAAUCAGACCACUUCUGUAAUGAACUUCAAGCAGCUUUGAGCACAGCUAAAUGGCAGUUGGAAGAGUUUGAGAGAGCAGUGAGGUUGAGUCAUGGACAUUGUAGAGACGACACUACUACGUUGACUAGGCAUAAACAGUUUGUCACCGCUAUAGAAAACCAGAUUCAUCGUGUAGAAUCUGCUUUAAGUGAGAACGGGGAGCAACCUCUGCGUUGGGUGGAUCUUAACAAAGAAGAGCGUGAUGAUCUUGCCAUGUUUCUCUCUGGAUCUUCGCAGACUUCUGAGAGUUUUAGCAGUGAGAGUCCCCCUGAUUGUGUGAUAGACAUUGACGAGAGAGGUAGCCCUGAAAGUGCUGGUAAUAGAAACGGUACAAGAAGAACAUGGAGUUCACCUAAUAUUCCUGAUGUUAGCGCGUUGAGGAUUAAUGUUCAUGUUGGUGCCAAAGAAGAGGAGAGGAAGAGAUUUGUGUCAGACAUAGAAGCUACUCCUAAAGAAAAAGGGUAUAAGCCUCUGUUUUGGAUGCAGAGAUGUCGUGAUUAUAACCAGCUCUUUGACAGAGUCAGAUACUAUCAAAGGCGGUUUAGCGUUCCAUUUAACCGACCGGUUCAGCUCAUUCUUUCCUUCACGCUGCUUUUGUUUCUUCUAUUACUCUUUCGAGCUUAUUAA